GUCAUAAUUAUGAGAUUUAAAGUCAUAAUUUCGACUUUCAAAGUCAUAAUUUCGACUUUCAAAGUCAUAAUUAUGAGAUUCAAAGUCAUAAUUUCGAUUUUUCCAAAAAAGCAGACAUGCUGUCUUGUGUGACAUUUACACAGUAUUCCAUUUGAUCUGUCUAACCAGGAAAACACAGAUUUUUCUCCUAUUAAUGGAUUAUACACAAAUUGAGGAGUAUUUCAGAUGUGGUUUAACCAAUGAUGAAAUUCUUGCUUUGCUGGCUGAGGUUCAUGGGGUUAUUCUUAGCAAGAGGACACUAGAAAGGAUUCUUAAUAAGAAGAAACUUUGGCGCCGAAAGAACAAAAGUGAUGUGAGUGUAGUGGCAGCUUUCAUUCGUCAGCAACUUGAAACCUCUGGACAAUGUCACGGAUAUCGAUGGAUGCACCAAAAAUGCUGGAUGAAUGGUAUUGUUACAGACAGGGAAACAGUUCGAGUCCUUUUACGCUUACUAGAUGGUGAAGGAGUAGACCUAAGGUCAAGAAAUCGACUGAGGAGACGGAUUUACUAUAGUCGUGGUCCAAACUAUGUUUGGCAUAUGGACGGCUACGAUAAGCUCAAACCAUUUGGAAUUGGGAUCAAUGGUUGCAUUGACGGUUUUUCCAGAAGGCUAAUAUGGCUUGAGGCAUACAAAACAAAUAACGAUCCAAGAGUCAUUGCUGGAUACUUCAUGGAUGCAGUGAUUAAAGCUGAGGGUUGUCCUGAAAGACUUAGAGUGGAUUUAGGGACAGAAAAUGUUAAUGCAGCUGACAUGCAAAGAUAUUUGCAUCUUACAGAAGACCAACCUCAAAGUGAUAAUGUAAUAUUUGGUCCAAGCACUGGAAAUCAGCGGAUUGAAAGAUGGUGGUUGACCCUGCGAAGUGAAUGUAUCCAGUUCUGGAUGGACCUCUUUGACAAACUGAAAGCAGAUGGACACUUCUCGGAUAACUUCUUGGACAAAGCCUUGAUCCAGUUCUGUUUUCUCCACAUAAUACAGAAAGAACUAAAUGAAGUUGUUUCAGCUUGGAACCACCACAGGAUACGUCCAACACACAAUUCACGAAGUCCUCAUGGGCGACCAUUCAUGAUGUACACAGUACCUCAGGUGUAUGGAACCAGAGACUAUCUACACAGCAUUGAUCUGAACAGGGUUGAAGCCUGCUUGGAAAACUGUGUUUUCAAAGACUUUCCAUGCGAUGAAGAUGUCUUCAGUAUCUGUGUGGACCUGAUUUCAGAGCAUAACCUGAAUGUCACAGAUGAUGUGUUUGCAACAACUGAUCUAUACAUAAGACUCAGACAGCUGAUUACCAGAGAUUUGGAGCUGCAUCGAUAAAUGUAAAAACAUUUU